GAGAAUGUCUGCAAGCGACGUCGAAUUAUACGCCAUGAAUGGCUUGCACUCGAGGAGCAAUGAGCAUGUUCCUCUGUCAAACGAGGAGUUUAUCGAGCUCAAGCGUCAGCGUUCGGGACAUUCUCACGAGGAUGGAGUCAAAGGUGAUGAAGAGGAGGAGGAGGAUAUCUUUGUCACGGCGGACGCGGACGUUUCUCAGCCGUUCCUCAGUAACGGACGCUCCUCGUACCCCGCACACCAGCUUCGCACGUCAGCAAGACCCGAGCCGGCGUUACACCUCAUCCGCUCAAUCCUCCUCGAGACCCUUCCCACUCUGCUCUUUACCAUCAUUGGCAUGGUAUUCUCCGGCGAGCUACUCGUCCGAAUCUCUACUUGGCCGGCCUUUGCACGCGUUCCGGAGCUGCUCAUCCUUGUCCCCGUGCUCGACAACCUUAAGGGAAACGUGGAGAUGAAUCUGAGCUCCCGGCUAGGGACUGCAGCGAAUACGGGCAUGCUGGAUAAGAGAGCGGACAGGAGGGGGAUCAUACUUGGUAGCCUGAGCAUCUUGCAGGUGCAGGCACUUGCUGUGAGUGCGGUAGCUGCAGGUGUAAGCUUCGGGCUGGCGAUGAUGCUGCUGGAGAGAGAAUUAGAGGGUGCGAGACCUAAAAGCGGAUUUAUGGAAUUCAUGAUGGUCACAUCAGCGUCCAUGUCUGCGGCUUCGCUCAGCGGUGCAAUCCUCGGCAGUUUCAUGUGUUCCCUCAUCCUCGUGUGCAGGUACUUCCGACUCAACCCAGACAACAUCUCCGCACCUAUCGCGGCGUGCCUAGGCGACCUCCUCACUAUGGCACUCCUCGGACUUACCUCGUCCUUGCUGAUCUCCUGGAUCCGCACCGUCCUCCCCAUAAUCCUCACCAUCGUUCUGCUCUUGCUCCUCAUCACCACAGUCAUCCUGACCAUCCAAAACCCGCACGUCCGUCCUCUCCUCCUGCAGGGCUGGUCUCCCCUCUUCGCCGCCAUGAUCAUCUCCACCGGCGCGGGGCUGGUCCUUGAAGGCUUUGUGGACAGAUACGACGGCUUCGGCAUGCUCGCUAUCGUGAUCGGCGGUCUUCCAGGGGGGAUAGGGAGCAUCUUCAUCUGCCGUCUCUCAACGGCCCUGCACGCGGAACAUGACUACGCCUCGGGUUCAUCAGAGAAGGUUACCGUCCCGCCAACGCCUGAAAGACCCGUACUUGUCAGCGCGAUCCUCAUGGCCGUCUCACUCCCCGUAGCAGUCGCGUAUCUCCUCUUCGUCUGGCUAGCAGGGUGGAUGGAGCUCCCGAUCCUCUUCGUCGUCCUCUUCGCCAUCUUCCUCUGCAUUGUCUCCGCCAUCUCCCUGGGCCUGGGGUACCUCCUCACCCACCUGUUUUGGCGUUUUGGCUUAGAUCCGGACAUCUACUGCCUCCCUAUCCAGUCCUCACUUGUUGACUUGAUUGGGCAGAGCCUGUUGGUUGCUUGUUACGAGAUUGCCAGGCUAGCGGGGGCUAGUGUGGGGAUGAACGCUGUGACGAGCGGGACGUAG